AUGUCUUUACUAACUGAGCCUCCACACCGGCCUCUAUCGGUUGUCAUCAUAGCAGAUGUAGCAGUAAUCGUCGUAAUGACGAAGUGUAGCGUGGUGGUAGCUGGAGUUAUAACAACUCGUCGAAGAAUUCUGCUUCAACUAUUAGCUACAUUCAACUUCAUUCAAAAGCCAACCAUCCACCUGCAUCAAAUCAGCCUCCUUCUGUCCUCUCUCCACUUACCCGUUCCUUUCAUUUUUUCUUUUCCGAAAGAACCCCCCCUUCCUCUCUCUCUCUCUCUCUCUCUCUCAUAUAAUUCUGUCAUCUUCUUACUGCCGGUUCAUUCUCUCUUGAUAUUUCUCUCUUCCUCUCUCUGUGCGUUCUUCUACUUAAUAAUCAUUUCUAUCUCCCUCUCUUUCAAUGUAUCCUUUUCAUUAUCUAAUGGGCAUCCAACCCCACCGCUCUCUCUCUCUCUCUCUCUCUCUCUAUUCUACACCACCUUUUUCGCUAAAUCACUCCAUUUUCUCUCUCUCUCUCUCUCUCUCUCUCUCCCUCCCUCCCUCUCUCCUUUUCUAUCUUUCUUGGGGCAACCACUUUUCUUUUUCUCUCUCUCUCAUUACUUCUCUCUGUUCCUUUCUAUCCUUCUUUGUUUUUUCUUCGCUUUUUUUUUUUUUUUUUUUUUUUUUUUUUUUUUUUUUUUUUUUUUUUUUUUUUUUUUUUUUUUUUUUCGUUUGCUUUUUUUUUUUUCGUUUUCUUUUUUUUCUUCGUUUUCUUUUUUUUCGUUUGCUUUUUUUUCUUCGUUUUCUUUUUCUUCGUUUGCUUUUUUCUUCGUUUGCUUUUUUUCUCUUUCUUCGUUUUCUUUUUUUUCUUUCUUCGUUUACUGCUUUCUUUUUUAA